AUGGAGAAAUUAGGAGAUAUCAUAUGGGAUAUUACAAAGUAUUUAUGUGGUUGCGCCAAACAAGAAGUUGAGUUUAUUUAUAAGUUGGAGGAGAAUGUGCAAGCUCUGAAAAUUAGAUGGGAAAAGCUUGAAGCUAGAAAGAAGGAUGUGGAAGAACAAAUUGAAAAAACUGAGGGUACCGGAGAGGAGCAAAGGACACAUGAAGUCGAUCUUUGGCUCCAACGUGUCCACAACAUUCAAAAGGAAGUGGAAGACAAUCAAGUUCAAGGAGCCCAAGAAAUCCAAAACAAAUGCCUAAGCAAGUGUUGUCCCAAGAAUUGCAAGUCAAGCUACAAGGUGGAAAAGAAUGUUGCCAAGAUACUCACUGAAGUAGAUGAUUUAACGGCCGAGGGACAAAGAUUUGGUUUAUAUGGGACUGGAGGGGUAGGAAAGACCACUUUAUUGACGAAAAUUAGUAAUGAACUUGGGAAGAGAAAGCCCGAUUUUCUUGUGAUUUGGGUGGUGGUAUCCAAAGAGCUUGACUUGAAUGCAAUCAUGGACAAUAUAAGAAAAUUAGUAGGAAUUGGAGAUGUUACUUGGAGUUCUUGCAAUAAUCAAGAGGAAAAAUCUUCAAAGAUUUGGGGUGUGUUGAAGCAGAAAAAAUUUGUUUUAUUACUGGAUGAUGUGUGGGAGAGAUUGGACUUGAAUUCGGUGGGGAUACCCCAUCCAAAAGAUUCAAACUUUGAGUCCAAAGUGUUAUUCACAACACGAUUGGAGGAUGUGUGUGCAAAAAUGCAAGCUCCAAAACCACUCAAAGUGGACUUUUUGAAUGAAAAAGAAGCAUUAAAGUUAUUUCAUAUGAAAGUUGGAGAGGAAACUUUAAACUCCCACCCUAGGAUUAAAGAACUAGCAAAAGAAAUGGCAGCAGAGUGUAGAGGGCUGCCUCUUGCGUUAAUUGUGGUAGGACUUGCUAUGGCUGGUGUGAAAGAUGUUAAAGUAUGGGAGUGCUCAAAAAAUAAGUUGACAAGUUCUACAUGGACCACUACAGAUUUGGAGACAAAAGUUUUUUCCAUCCUUAAGUUGAGCUAUGAUCAGUUGCCGAAUGAUACUCAUAGAAACUGUUUCUUGUAUUGUGCAUUAUAUCCAGAAGACUAUGAGAUUCGGGUCACUGAUGUCAUUGAUAAAUGGAUAGGGGAGGGGUUUAUGUGUAGAGAUAUGACAAAAAGCAUACAAGACAUUCGUAAUGAUGGUCAAUCUGUGAUUGCAAAGUUGAAGCUUUGUUGCUUGUUGGAGAGUAUUGAAGAUGAUGUUGUUUUAAGUCGUUCAUUUAAGAUGCAUGAUAUGAUUCGAGAGAUGGCAUUGUGGUUAUCUUGUGACCAAAAUAAAAGAAUUAAAAGGGUUCUUGUACAAGAAGAUGUGAUAACAACAUCCCGUGAUGAUGUUGAAAAACAGAAAAUUGUUGAGAGGGUUUCAAUUAUGAAUAGGAAAGUACAGCAUGUACCACCUGUAACUUAUCCCAAUUUAGUAACAUUAUUGUUGAGGCAUUGUGGUAUACAACAUUUGCAAAACCUCAAAUGCAUGAGCAAAUUAAAGGUGUUGGAACUACAGUGUCAUGAUACAUGUGAACUUGGAGAAAUUGGUGAGUUGGUUCUAUUGGAAUAUCUUUGUUUAAGCAUAGAUGGAUCUAAGUGUCCCAAGGAGUUGAAGAAUUUGAAGAAUUUGAAGGUAUUCAAUUUGUACUUGAGUGAUAGUAAUAUUGCAAGCAUUCCAUCGGGAGUGAUAUCAAGUCUUCAGCAAUUAAGAGUGUUGAGAGUUCAUUGCAACAGGGGAGUUGGAGAAAAUAGCCAAGCAGAGGAAGAAUUCCUGGAGGAGGUGGAAUCUUUGCCAAAAAUUGAGGAAAUAAAUGUUGACAUGGAAACAGAAAAAGGCCUCACCAAGUUACUUCAGUCAGACAAAUUGCAAGAACGUAUAUAUGCUCUUCGCCUCUCUGAUUUGGACACCAUUGAGAUGCCUUCAUUAUUGGCAUGCAUUUCAAAAAUGAAUCACCUCCAACAAUUGGGUCUGAUUGAAUUAUCUGGUUUGAAAGAUUAUUCUGGUAUUUCUGAUGACACUUGUUGUCUAAGCAUGCUUCAAAGCGUGUGUAUCUUUGAUUGCCAUUCCUUAACGCAUGUCACAUGGCUCAAGCAUGCUCCACUGCUUCAACUACUUAUCGUUGUCGACUGCUCAUCAGUGGAGGAAGUGAUAAAGGAAGAUGAGAAUGAGGAUUCUUCUUGUGUAUUCUCUUCUCUGGUAAACCUAUAUCUGGGUGGAAUGCCAAAGCUUCAGAGCAUCCAUAAGACCGCCUUGUCUUUUCCUUCCCUAAAAACCAUCAAUUGGUUUACUGCUAUGGGAUUGGAUUUCCUCAUUGGUUCGAUUAAAAACUCCGACCAACAUUUGAAGGGGGAUUUUGGCUUGGGAUUUCAGAUUUGGGGGAAGGGAAAGAGAACGACUGAAGAUUCGGGGGAGGCAAAGACGUUGCCUCCACCUGAUUCACUCCUCCAUGUAACAGCUGGUUACCACGUGUCUAACUCAUUUCAUUCGGUGUCCAGAGAAAAGAGAGAUAGAGAGCGCGAGCGAGAGAGAGAGGAAGCACGAGAGGAAGAAGUCGGCGACGGAGAAGAGGCUGAGUUGAAUCUGGUGAUCGGAGGUGGUAUCCAGUGCAUGCAAACCGAUCAAACAUUCCAGAUUCGCAUUGUCCAGGAAGGUGUUGGUAAAUUCGGCAAUUUGAUCGGUUUAGUUUUAGUGUAUUAUCCUGACAGUAUUGCUACGUAUGUUGAAUGGAGUGCGAAUAUGAUGGAAGAAGAUGCAAAGCGGAGGUUGAAUAAUGCAGAACUUCAGGCAAAGAGCAGGUGGCUUUUACUGGGAAGCAUGGAACUAGGAUAG